AUAUAUAUAUAUAUAUAAUUAUACUUCAUAAAAUAAAAUUUGGAAUAUCGAAUUAUUUAUACUAAUUCAAUAUUUACUUGUUAUUCAUAAUGUAAAAUUAUAAUUAAAAUUAUAAUAAAUACUUUUACGUAUAACUUUUGUAUGAAUUUUUGAAAGGAGGUAAUGUUCGUUAAUAAAUAAGAUUUGUCAACGUAAUAAUAAUAUAAGAUCAAAAAGAAUCUUUAGUUCUUAUUUUUAAGCCUCAUAUGAUAUCUCUCAUUAUGUUAUCGUGGAACAGAUAAUUAUGUAAUUAUAAAUCUUCUAUACCGUGAGGAAGGUUUCCGUCUUUUUUAUAAUAUGUCAUCGUAAUGCAAUAAUGUUGUUGGCUAUUUCAACAUCAUCAAUAGAAAAUUAUCGUACGAGGAAAAUCGAAUAAAAAAAGUUGUUUGACGUUCUCUCGCCUCUAGAUAAAUAUCUACGUACAAUCAAUAAUAAGAGAUUUUGUAACAGCGCAUAGAGUGCAUUUUAUAUAUAUUUUUAUUCAGAUCCUUUUCUCAAAUUAAAAAUUGGCUCGAACCAUCAAGUCGAAUUUUUUCGCAGCACAUUUACUUAUAAAUCUGUAAUUAAUUGUAAAUCUGUAAUUGAUUAAAAAAGAAAAACAAAAAAAAAAUCGAACGUAUUACUCCUUGAAGAUAAUCGAAAAAUCAAUGAAAUAAAUAAAACUACGUUCACGUUACAUAUAUCGAAUUGACCUAAUUUGCGUAAUAUAAGUUAAAAAUCACAAAUUUAUUUAUACAUGUAUAUGUGAAUAUAUAUAUAUAUAUAUAUAUAUAUAUAUUUCUUUUUUGAAUAUUUAAUUCGUCUUAAAAUAAUGACGCCCGUAGAAAGAAUGAACAGAAUCGGACGUACGAUAGAACGUUCACGUGAAGAUAUAUUGAAACGUUAUUUGAAAAUCUGUCCGGCAUUUUAUCACAUUUGUUAUGAUCCUGUUGGUACUCACAAAAAAUCACGUUCCUUUAUAGGAUUUUUAAUGGGAAUAUUUCUCGGUAUUAUAUUUUAUCGAACUAUAAUCUUCCAAUUAAAAUUCGAUCGUUAUACCACUGUAUAUCUUGGUAGUAUAAUUAUCGUUAUAUUAUCUAUCGGUUGUGCUACGUCUAUUCAGAUAAGAUGCAUCUGUAUUCUAUCAUUUCCUGCAUUUUUCGGUCGUGCCGGACGUGUACUAUUGAGAACACUGAUACUUGGAUAUAUAAUAGCUGGACCUAUUUUCAAUUUGACAUACAAUGGGAAAGAAGUUAUAAGGAGUUUUGCUUGUACCGCCAAAUUGACGUAUAAUUUGACUAAGAUCCGUGCCGAUCUAAUGUUCGAGCCCUUUCAUCGGGCGAUUUUAGAAAUGAGAUCGAACGCCGGGGAGUUAAAGGACGCUUUAUCAUCGGUUAGAGAUCUGAUGAGUCCAAUAGUUGAGGAGAUCGAAGGGGAGGAAGAGAUGAUGAGAUUGAAAGAGGAGAACGAUUAUCUCGAUGAAAUUCAAGGGGAUUCUAAAAGGAGCGAUGAAAUCGAGGAUAAGCGAGGAAAGGAGAUGAAAGAUGCCAAAUCGGAAGCUGAAUUUUAUUCGGUGAAAUAUAAAAUGAAAGUUGAGGCACGUUGCGAGGAACAACUUAGCCGUGGUGCUGGUAAAUGCAGAGACAUGUUCGCCGAUGCUUACGACAAGUGUUAUCACAAGGUAACCGUUUUUGCGGCCUGGCUAUUAUGCUGGCCGAUGAAGUUGACGUUCGUUUGCAAUCUCGUACAAGCUUUGGGUGGAGCUAAUAUAUGUGAUCCUGAUGGACAAGUCGAUAUCGGCGUUGGCGAUGGUUACGUAGCAUUAAAAAAUACAAGAAAUAAAUUUAGUGAAAGUUUGAAGGAUGCGAAACUUCAAUACAAAUUAAAGAUCGCACCUCCCGUAUUAGACAUUUAUGAUGCCGCGAGUGCUGCGAAAGCCGUAAUGCAUGAUUUCGACAUCAGAAGGAGAUACUUCGAAUCGUUUAUGAUAUUUGCAAAGAGAUGCUUAUCGUUAAUAUUUCUGAAUAUUAUAUUGAACGCACAAAAGUAUCAUGACAGUUAUCUAACCGAUAUCGAGUUCGAUAAUAUUUACGUGACACGUUAUUUUCGAAAGAUCGAUGCUAGAAGGAAAGCUCGUGGCAGUAUUACCUUAUUGCCAUUGAAGAAGAUCGAGAGAAUUAAAUUUGUCUAUCCUUAUGGUUUAAAGACGAGCAAAAUUGAGGGACGACAUAUUAUGGGUGAAACGUUGAAACUCCUAUUUGAAAUAAUUAUAGCUACGAGUUUUAUACUGAUGGAUAGAUUAUUCUUCGAAGCACUUGAUUUGAUUCGUCGCCAUUCACGAUUGGAAUAUACUCAGGUUGGUCACCACGAUUUGAGUUUGAAGAUUCAAGGUACAGGUAUCAUAGCAUCUCUAAUUAGACAUUUAAUCAAUGGUUUCAACGUGAAGAAACACACGAAAACUGUAAUAACUAAUGAACCGUGUUUACCAAGACCAAUCGAAUUGUCAAAUAACGUAAUACUUAAGAUUUACGGUAUCUUUCUAGCCGUUUUUAUAUUGAUUUAUACAUCCGCUUAUACCCAAAGGACACGUUUCUUUAUUUGCUCGUUUUUUUAUCGGACUCGUCAAAAACGUCGUAUAUUAUAUCUUUACAAUGAAAGUUUACGUCGUAGACAAGGUUACGUGAAAUUUACGAAAGCGAAGAUCAAGACUUUGGCUAGGACGCGACAUUUGGAACAGGAGAUCUCAUUUACAAUGGCAUUAAAAAAAGAAUGGCCGAAACUUUUCGGUUGGUUACGUUUAUUCGAAUCGGCAAGAGAAAAAUGUUUAGUUUGCGGUGAGGUUGAACCACGAAGGGGUAUUAAAUUUCGUCGAUGUACAACCCCAGGUUGUCCUUUCGUUCAUUGCGAGGAAUGUUGGAGAGACAUCGGACAAAUUUGCUAUGCCUGUGCCGAUGUUUCCGAUACUGAUUCGGAAGACCCAACGGAUGAGUCCGAGUCAACGGAAUGAAUAACAACGAUCUGUUAUUCUUCUCUCUGUCGUGACCUUUAAAAGUCGUUGGAAAAUCACAAAAGACCGAGUCGCGAUACGAUUUCAAUUUUACAUUUUAUAACCUCGAAGUAUAAUCGUCUUGCCGAAGAUGUUGAAAUCAUCGAAUUAAAUAUUCCAUCCAUUAGAUCAAUUAGCACAAUCAGGAAACUAUCGUGAACGUUAAAUACUUUAUUUUCUUCAACAGUUUGAAAAAAUUCCUUCGUUAGAUUUAUCUUUAGAUUAGAAAUGAUCGACCUGAUCUUUUUUUUUUUUUUUCUUUAUUUUACAAUAUAUA